AUGGAUCUCUCCAACAUCUUCCGAAUCGUCAACAUCGUCGUCGGUGUGCUCAUGGUCCUGGGUGGUAUUUCCCAGUUCUUCCCUGCGUCCAUGAGCUCCAUCAUUGUCGGCGUCUAUGUGAUUAUCUUUGGUCUUCUUGUUGGUGGAUUGGAAUUCCUGCCGAACGUCCCCGACUACGUCUACCGCUACGCGUCUUUCCUUUUCUCCUUCCUGGGACGUGGUGGCUUCUACAUCUUCGUCGGGUCGAUCAUGUUGCACGACAACGUCCUGCGCUAUAUUGCGGGCUCCAUCGUCGGCUUCAUCGGUCUGGGAUACAUUGCCCUGGAGUUCAUUCCCUCCAUCGAGCCUCCGUCCAACAUGCGCGAGACCGACCAGGGUUGGGGCGCUGAGCAGGUCUAA